GGAAACUUGUUCAGGCUAAACUAAUUAGACAACUAGUCUGCCACAUCUCAUUUAACUCUCCUUUAUUUUCAAAUCAAUCAAAAUAUAUCGUCAUUCAAUAGAAUCGUUUAUUUAAUAAAAUUCAUAGCAUCUUUGUGCUCAGCUGACCUGCCAAUUAACUAGUAUUUUGGUUUGUUACGUUUUUCGUUGCCAAGGUAGUAUCGAUGGGAAUCUAAUUAAUUCAAGUCAAAUUAAAUAUCUUUUCACAAAAAUAUGGAUUACGAUUUAGCGCGAAUUGAUUACACAGUAUGUGGAAUUACGUACCCGGAUACUUUAAAAAUAAUGUCGCCUUUAGGUCCGAAGGUGGACCAAAAGUUUGCAAUAGGUGACAAAAACGGAGUCCUACAAUGUUUGAGUAUAAAAGACGAGGAACCUGUGGUUCAAUUCAAGACACUGCCUGGCAAACCUAUUACAUCCGUGCAACUUGCGACCACAGCAGGGCAACAAGCAGAUAAAAUAUUUACAGCUUCAGGCAAUGAAGUCAAAGGGUAUACGCGAAAAGGAAAGGUGUUCCUUUGUAUUGAAACUGCGUUAACGGAAACCAUCACGUCCAUGUGCAUAAUCGGGAAUGACUUAAUACUCUGCAGCGGACGCACCGUCACUUUUUACAGGGAUUUGCGCGAGUACAACUCUUACGUUUGUGAAGAUAGAGUCCUCGACAUAGCAGCGUUUGCGGUACCUAAUAGUACGAGGAUUCGUCUAUUAGUGUUGGUAGCUAAUAAGGGAGCGGUACUCUUAGAAAAUGGAAAACUUAUUGCUCGUACGGUUAUUUCAUCCGGGCCUUCUCGCUUGUCAGUGCCUCCUUCUACACAUGUGACGGACAUCGUUGCCUUCUACGGAGCCAGUGACGGUUCCAUAGGCCUGAUUGCUUACGAAGAAUUAACAUUGUCAAGCAAAUGUUUAGUGGAUGGUAGAGGAUUGGGAUCUGUGGUAUGCCUCGGGUGGUACUACAAUAAUGGUAACUUCCAUCUCAGCGUUGGUCGUCACGAUGGCUCAAUCCAAUUGUACCUGAUUGAUAUGGACAAUUUUGGAGAAAAGCCAAGGCUCAAGUAUACUUACUUUUGUGGAGAACCUGUGACUUCUGUAGCUGGGGGAUGUGUGAGCACAGAAGAAUCAGAGUUACUCGUGGCAACGUUUUCGGGCAGAAUUUUCGCACUUCGAGCAAGUCACUUAGUGAGCGGCGUUAAAGUACCACAAGAUAUUUUAGCAGCUAGAAGGGCGAAACUAGAGGGAGAGGUAGCGCGUCUAGAAAAGCAAACAGCUAAUGAGAGAGAAAAAUAUCAACAAAACACUCGUUCCUUGCAUGCUGGAUUAUCCACACCACCUCUUCUGGAUGUUCAACAUGAGUUGUUGGGAGCAGGAAGCGAUGGUUGGCAGGAAGUUAGAAUGACAUCGGCGGUACCUCUAGACAUGCUUUUUAUAUAUUGCAAUCAAAAGUUACAAAUGCAAACUGAUACAGCUGCAGUCCUUACAAUCUGCUCUUCAAUGGAAACAGGUUCCGAUAUCCUAGCUUCUGUAAGAUGUCAAGCAGGAACUCGAAGAGUGUGGAUUAAGAUCCGGUAUACCUCAGAUACUUUUAUAAACUCUAGGCUGGAGGGUAAGCGCGUGUUAAUCUACGUCUUACCAGCAGGCGCUCCAAGAGUUGCUCGUCUACUAAGUCUAAAAUUACCAGCGCUACCGUAUUAUUCCAAACACGAAUCCGAAAAAGAUUUGGGGUCUUAUGAAAGAACUUUGAGUCAACUGCAAGUAUCCGGAAACUAUUCAGUAGCUGAAAUGACAUCUUGGCUCACGGAAGCUUUACCGGGUGAGCUUCCACGACCAGCGUCGGAAAUAACCUUUGUCAGAAUACACUCUCUUUUGGAAACUAUUUUGAUUUGUGAAUACCAGAGGGGGAACGCAACUUUUAAAUCAGACAACGUAUCUACCAUUGCGGUUUUACGGAAUAUCGUAUCAAAUUGUUCGGUGGAGAAAAAUAUAAGCGUGGAAAUAACUUUCGACAUUCCGGAAGACUGCUGUGUACAGUCAUUUAAAAACAUAGAAAAUAAAUUUAAAGUAGAAUAUCAGAAAAAUAAAGAUUUAAUUUUGAAAAACGCUAUCAGCAUGUUGGAUUUGGACAGUUCAAUGAAUGAGGAAGGUCCUUUAUUAUGUCAAGAGUAUGCUCGCGUUUGGGAUUCUAAGGACAACAUUAUUAAGAAUCAAUUUAAUGACCUUGUUGAAAUGGUUCUUCAAUGGUACCUGGAUUGGCGAACACUGUCUUUACACAAUGAUAACUAUGGUAACGAAUCUACGAAACUUCAAGCAGCUUUGAAAGAUUGUCGACUGGACAAUGUUCUGAAAAUACUUUCAAGUAAAAAUUCCUAAUUGUAUGUCAAUAAAAUUAUUUCAUAAUA